AUGAGUUCUCCGCGGGGCCACGAGGAACAAGAGGCGAUCCCUCGCAGCAGCACGCCUGCAUCAACCUCCGAUGCGAUCAUCGAAGAUCUGCGACAAUUUACACGCUCUCCCCAUCCAUACCACCGCACAAACGGGCGUCUCGGGUCGCGAACACCCUCCGAACACGGCGAUCGCCUACAGCCGUUAUCCGCAUACCCGAAAUCAUCCCGGACACCGAGCGACAGUGGCACCGAGGCUGAUGAUGAGAGCACUGGUAUUUUGAGAGGUCUGCCGGCGCCGCCGGUUCGCCCGCAAAAGGGAUUGCGCUCGGGUGUGAAUGGGACGCUCGAUACCGAUGCGUGGCUGCCUACAUUACAACCGUGGCCGUCAUUCGUGCGCCAAUCAUCCCGGGCGUCGAGGCGAAGUUCGGAGGAGGAGAGUGAGGAUAGGUUUGCGGAGAGGAAACAUAUUCGUCGGCAGAGGCGAGUUGAGAUACUGCGGCGACUGGUGGAGACUGCGCUGCUGUUGUCUGUCGGUGCUGUCGUCCUGGUGCAAGAAGAUGCUCGUUCAAUUGCCUGGGCUUGGAGGAAAGAGCUCGCCACGCAUGGUAUUACGCUCAUUACCCUCUAUGCUACUUACCCCGUGCUGCUUCGAGCCUCGAGGGGCCGGCGGUGGCGCAUAUGGCCCUCCAAGUCCAAACGCCCGUUCUUCUCUAUACCCGCGAGUUUCGACCCGGCGCCGCUACUCUACCCAAUUCUCAUUCCGGUUUUCGUCUCCCUAUCCUUGACAAACCAUCAUCCGACCUUGCUUAUACCCAACCUCAUUCUGAGUCUCUCGUCUCUUCCGGCCCCUGCCAUCCCCCUACAGAGCUGGGUCAAUGGCUUCAGUGUGACACACUGGAUGGUGACCCUGGUGCCGAUACUCGCCUCAGAACAUCUCUCUUUCGACUAUACAAUCCCCAAGCCGCUGUCGCUUCGCGGGCAUGAUGCGGAAUCGUUGAUUCUUCUUUUUCCUUUACAUCAAGCGUUGAUACCCACUCUAGACUUUUUGUUGACGACCAGCAUUCUCCCCGCCGAAUUGCAGCUUUUGACGACAGCGCUAAUCAAUUUGUACUUGUUUGCGGCCUCUCCCCAGGCGGAGAUUCUAAAGGCCUUGCUAUGGCUUGGUGGAAUGUGCCUUUUUGCUAGUUGUCGACACAUCCUCCGCUGGGAGGUGGCUCUAGCUCGGAUUCCCAGUUGGAAAUUCCGCCGUUCACUGAGCGGCUCGUUCUCUCCGCGAAAGUUCUUUAAUAUGAUGGACCACCGGCUAUGCCAGAAGCUGAGUCGGGCUGGGGUCUCGGAUGAACCUACUUCAGACAGUGAUGGGCCAGGUGGAGUGCCCCGACCUCGCAAGACGAAGACAAGGCGGGAAUCUCAUGACCCUGUCUCAGCGGUGGACAAUGUGACUGCAGAACAAGCCUUUGAACAACAUGCUCGCUCUCAAAACCGGCGGCGACGACAUACUAUUUCAACGUUUGAGGAAGCAGUUCAAGAGGAACGCGUGCGUACUACACCCGGUGGCCGCCGCAAGAAAAUGAUGGGACCGGGACUUGCCUCGUUCCUUUCCAUGACUGCCGCCCAGGCGCAGGUCCGCAAAUGGCUGUAUGCGAUUUAUGUCUACGCGAUUUCCCUGGCGAUUAUCAUGGGCCCUAUCCGAAAGUAUAUUGCAGAACGAGCUCUCCAAGGACAGGAUCCUUUCGGGUGGGCCGUUGGGUACCUUCUGGGUAAUUUGUCAGGGGUCCGAUUCUGGGUGCUUAUGCUGAACCUCGAAUAUUGGAUCCAAUUACCCGCCCGGCCUGAUGCCGCUUUCCGAGAUCCCUCCUGCUGGCUGGGGUGGGUUGAGCAUGUCCGCCAGACAGACUUUGGACCUGCCAAUACUCGCAUCCUAAUGAGCGCCUACUGCGUUGUGGUUCUGGUGACCGGGUUGGCAAUCGUGUUCCAGCUCAGUUCCGUUGCAGAGGUGGACACUCGGCGCAAGGUUUUCCACGGCAUGAUGGUGCUCAUGUUCCUACCAACCGUGUUUGUGGAUCCAGCAUUUUGUGCCCUGGCACUGGCCCUGGUACUCUCAGUCUUUUUGCUUCUGGAUCUGUUCCGUGCAUCUCAACUACCCCCAAUCUCACGACCCUUAACCUACUUCCUCGCACCGUAUGUGGACGGGCGCGACCACCGUGGACCAGUCAUCAUUUCACACAUUUUCCUGCUAAUCGGCUGCUCAAUUCCCCUAUGGCUAUCUCUCUCCGACCUCGAUCGGAGUGGUGAAGGUCCCUGGGCAGGUUGGGAGGUGCCCACUCGGGAUGUUAGCAUGGUCAGUGGUGUCAUCUGUGUUGGCAUGGGUGAUGCAGCGGCCUCACUCAUCGGUCGUCGAUACGGUCGGCUGAAAUGGUUCUGGGGCGGGGGCAAGUCGCUCGAAGGCAGCGUGGCUUUCGUGGUGGCCGUCUCGUGCGGAUUGCUUGCUGUACGUGCAUGGUUAAUGGUCGGCGGGUGGGCCGUGACAGGGACCGAAUCAGCCGGGGUGGAGGCCUCCACCGUUCGCUUUUGGUUCUGGACGGCAUGCAAGGCGAUAUUAGCGGCUAGCGGGACUAGCGCGACCGAGGCGAUCCUCACUGGCUGUAAUGAUAACGUUGUCGUGCCAGUUGUAUUGUGGUUGUUAGUGCGGGGUCUGGGCGUUUGA